AUGGAUCCCUUUACAGCCAUCGGUCUGGCGGGCAACAUUCUGACUUUCAUUGAUAUCGGGUUCAAAUUGGUGAACCAAACCAAAGGGAUUUACGAUUCCACUUCCAAUAGCACCGCCGAAAAUGAUAGCCUUAGCAUCAUGGCAACGCGAUUCGCCACGACCAUGGUCGAUUUGCAAAGCAAGAUACCAAGCGGAAAUCUGAGCAGAGAUGAAAAAGCUUUGAAAGAGCUGGUUGAAGAGUGCAGCAGCAUCUCAGACGAGCUUCGAAAGCUACUUGCAGGGUUGAAGGCGAAGAAGCCGAAUUCCAUACGGAGCAGCAUGAAGGCAGUAUACCGCGAUUGGAGCAAGAAGAAAGAGAAGGAUGACCUCCUCAAGAGACUUGAAAGUUCCCGCCAGCACCUUGACUUGCUGCUUUCAACAAUGACGCGGUUCGAAUCUUUAGAACGUCUCAACCAGUUGGUAGAAUAUGGCCAGUCCAAUGAAGUUGAGCUCUCGUCUCUUCGCCAAAACGUAGAUGCUCUUCGUUCUGGGCUACAGGUCAAAUUUCUCAGCCUCGAGGCUCUGGAACAGAUUCGGAAUGUGGUCAGUUUGUCAGACCAUGCGACUUUGAAGGUGCGAGAGAGUUGCAUCCUCACUGCCUUACGGUUCCAGUUGAUGGACGAGAGAUACGAUGAUGUGGCCGAGGCCCAUGAGAAGACAUUCGAGUGGAUAUUCGACUCAUCCAAUAGUGACGACGAUCGCCCAGCCCAGAGCUCUAACAUUGCAUCUCACAAACCAAUGGAAAACUCUGGGGCUCGUGCGAACUUCAUGGACUGGAUCAAACACGGCAACGGCAUCUUUCAUAUCUCCGGAAAGCCAGGCUCGGGGAAGUCCACUUUGAUGAAAUACCUGUGUCGCCAGGAAGAAACAAAACGGUUUCUUGAUGUCUGGGCUGCGGGCAAGUCGCUUGUCUUUGGCAAAUUCUUCUUCUGGAAUCCUGGCACAACAAUGCAGAAGAGUCUCAGGGGCUUGAUUCGGGGCCUUCUCUAUUCCAUUCUCUCUAAUGCUCCAGAGCUUAUCCCUCUCGCCUUUCCUAAGCAUUGGGAUGCCACCCUUAACAAGGUCGCAGUCACGUUUGACUCCUCGGAUGAUAUUUUGCUCGCAUUUACCGAUCUGAUUCGCCGCGACGAGGUCUAUCGCAAUCACAAGCUUGUCUUCUUCAUUGAUGGCCUAGAUGAGUUUCAAGGAGACCAUGCGGCACUAAUAAAAGAACUGCUGCGAUGGACAUCAGCACGGCCUACAGGUGUGAAGAUGUGCGUCUCGAGCAGGGAGUGGCCUAUCUUCCAAGAGGCAUUCAAGACAUUCUCAAGUUUCCGCUUGCAAGAACUGACACGAUCUGAUAUGUCAAGAAUUGUGCGGGACAGGCUAAAGAGCAACGAGCUUUACCAGAGGAUUGCUGUUCCUGAUGACUUAGCUCAGUUUGAGUCCAAUCUUGUGGACAAGUCGGACGGCGUGUUUUUGUGGCUCAAGCUGAUCUUGCAAGACAUUGAGGACGGUCUCCUGAGCGGUGAUAGGCUGUCGCAGUUGCAGAACAAAGUUGACACACUUCCCACGGAGUUGAAUGACCUAUUCCAACACCUUCUCAACUCCAUCCAUCCAAGUGAUCGAAAGGAGGCAUACUUGAUCUUGGCAGUUGCACUUGAGUGCCCCCCUGAUUGGCCCAUUUUGCGCGUCUCCUUUCUGGAAGAAUAUAUCGUGAAUCGUGAUUUCGCUCUCAGCCGACAAAUACAGCAACUUGAAGGCGAUGAAAUGACUGAGCGUUUGGAACGAGCCCGGAAGAAGAUCUACGGCAAAUGUAAGGGCCUCCUCGAGAUACAGUUGGUGCAGCUCACUCCGGAGCGGCAGAUCGACCGAACCCUGAAAGAAUCCGUCAAAUUCACGCACCGAUCCAUCAUUGAAUUUCUCAAAAGCGACCAGACAAAGCAAAAAUUGGCCGCCGAGUUGAAAAGCCUCGACAUCUUAGAUGCCAUGUGUCAGACAUUCCUGGCGCAUAUACAAGCUGCCAUCAUGAUGGAAAAUUAUUAUCAAGAGCGCCACGAGGCAUCCGACUUGGAGAAUGGUUUAGAUCUCUGCCCAGAAGGUCUACUCAACGUGCUUCAACCUCCGAGCCUUGACUAUGAUAUCUGCAGCCUCUUGCAAGUAUAUGCUGCAAAGGAUACGGCCGCAGAUUCAGCGAGAUUCACGGCAUUCAUAGAUAACGUAGCCGAGAUAGCCGAGGACUUGUUCUCCCCACAGGCGCCCUUCCAGCUCGUCGACGUCAACUGGAUGAGGCCGGAUCUGCUCUACCACACGAUACAAGUUAGCUUUCCUGUAAAGGUGGGCCUCUUUACUGCUCUGUACGGCAUGCCAGAUUAUGAUCUGCAGGAACACUCAAUUGGCCUAGACGGAAUACGAGGACUUGUUACACUGCCCAUGCUGGUACCGCUGAUAUGUCAGGGUGCAGACUCGAGCCACGCGGGGCGUAAUCGUAUCUCCCAAGGUCUCAACGAAAUCUCCAAUGCCUAUCUUGACGCUGGCUCCGAUCCCAAUGGGCCUUCAGCAGUGGAGAGCACGUCUUGCUGGCACUAUAUGCUCCUGCGGAGCAUUGUCGCCGCUGACCGGGGCCCUUAUAUCUCCAUUAUAGCGUCAUUUCUUCUUCACGGAGCGAAUCCAAGAUUCUGGAUCAAAUUUGGUGAAAGCCGUCGGUCUAAUGACGGUAGUCCUUAUUCAUCUGUGACAGUUCCAGUCGAAUUCCAGUGGGGUAAGGAGAAGCAACGCCUUGAUUAUCCCGACAACGAAAGUGUGUUGAUGGCGGGGUUGGACUGGCCGCUUAGAACGUUUCUUAAGCGGGGGCAGGUAGAACUGUCUUGCAAGGAGUUGCUUGGUAUGAUGUUUCCUCAGCAGAAGGCCGACUUCCAAGAAGUCGUUGAUUACAUCCUUCACUGGGACGAAGAGGUCCUUACGAAGGCUCAUCUUCAGGAGCUAAAAGAGCGCUUUCAGCCAACCUUGGGUUUAUGGAUUGAAUCCGGAGGUAGUGAGGCAUAUUUAGGUAAUAGUAUGAGUGCUCGGUUUCCUACUCUUAAUUUAUCACGAGAAAUAGGAGAUAAGUAA